AUGUCUCAACCACCAGCAGCUACCUCAACUUCAUCUUCCGAUAAAACAAUCACUCGAUCCGAUACUCCAAUCGAGCAAGAACAACAACCAAACUCCCAACCCAAUCAUGUGAUACGAUACUUCUUUUUUGAUUUAGACGAUUGUUUAUAUCCAAAGAGUUCUGGUAUCAACAUUCAUGUCCGUAACCGCAUUGCCCAAUAUCUGUCGGAAAAGCUCGGAAUUGAGAAUGCUGAGGAAAAGAGCGUUAAUUUAUAUCUUCAACAUGGAACCACAUUGAGAGGUUUAAUAGCAGAAGGCUACAACGUGGAUCCAUUAACAUUCUAUCACUAUGUCCAUUCCGGAUUUGAAUUGAAUGGAGUUCAGCAACAUGAUGAAGAAUUACAUUCCAUGAUAGCAAAAUUAAAGCAAAAUGUGGAUAAAGUUGUUUUAUUUACCAAUUCUGAUUCAAGACAUGCUCAACGAUUAUUGAGUCAUUUAGGAAUUUUAGAAUUAUUUGACCAAAUUGUUUGUUAUGAAGAUUUAGAACUCUCGGUGAAGCCUCACCCUCAUAGCUAUGAAAUAGCUGCUGAAAUUUCGGGAUUACCGAGUGGCUCUCUUGAACAUCAUUCACCAAGUUGGAAAGAUAUGAUUGUGAAUAGUCAAUUAGAAAUUUAUUUUGCAGAUGAUAAUUUGAAAAACGUGAUGUCAGCUUUUGAUAUGGGUUGGAAAGCCUGUUGGGUUUGUGAACAGGAGGGAGUUGAGCCACCACCCAAUGAGGGAAUUCCAUUUGUCCAAGACGUGAAACAAAUAACCAAAGUCUGGCCACAUUUAUUUCAAUAG